AUGCCGCCGCAAGCUUCCAUACCAAAGCGUAAACCCAAGGAAAAUCAAUAUUUGAAGACUGGCCUUACCCUCCCCGAUACUGGAAUUCGCGACGAGAAUGGCCUGGAACCAAUGGAUGAUCUCUUUUCUUCGCCCGAGAAGCCACAAGCAAGGUCGCGGAACGGAAUGAAUAAGGUCAAUAAUUAUUCGAAUGGGACCAUAUCGAGUGAAGAGGAUAUGGAUAUGGUUGACAGUACGAUGCCGGAGCCUCAAGAAAUUCUAGAAAAACGAGCAAGUAUUCGCCUGCCUCCACGUUCGAAAUCACCUAUAAAAACGUUUCUACAAUCGCCUGCCCGGAGAAAUCCGUCGUUCGGCCCAUCAUCAUCACCGACACGGGGCUCAGUAGUUGCGCCCAGAUCAGUAUCAAAACUCGCAUCCGUCCAGCGAAAAUUAAAUUUCUCGAAUGGCAUAGAUGAUUCCAAUGUUCACUCAGCAACGCCUAAAAGACGGCCAGGCUUAGCUUUCGCGGGUUCUAGCACUACGAAACUUACUCGCGAAACCCGAUUAGCGCCGCUCAGGGAAGCAGUCGCUCCGGAAGAUGCAGAACACCAAGACUAUAAUUAUAGUGCUGCAAUGGGUGGGGACGAUGAUGUUGAGAAUAGCGAAGGUUCCUUUCAGAUGGUUGAUACAGAGGAGAAUGGCGAGCCUGGGACUGAGGACGAAAGCUCCAGAGAAACCUCCGAAGAAGUCCACGAGCCAGCGCCAAAGCCAACUAACAGUGGCAAGCGCAAUGCCACGGAACCUGCUACUGUGGAACCCCCCGCGAAGAAGGCCAAACGAGGACGGCCAAGGAAGUCCGACCAGACGGUAGUUGAAGAAGAAGAUGAACCGCCCACCAAGAGUGAUAGACGACCGCUUGCAGAGGAGUCCAAAAAUUCUGGGAGGAAGCCAGGCCGGGCUAAGAAGAAUGCCGACGUGAGUGAGCCUAAACUUGCCAAAAACCCAGUGGGCGAUGCCCAAAGGAUUGGCAAAUCUACAACUUCCUCUAAACCAAAAGCUCCUGGCCGAAAACCGAAAUUGGCGCCCGUCGCAGAAACAGAUUCGCCAGCAGUCAAACGCGGGCCACCUUUACCAAGGAGUAAUCGUGGCCUGAUGAUACUACGGCGGGAAACCCCAGCUGAAGGAACGGGUUUCCAACAAACCCGCUCAGGUCGAAAUUCAUUCAAGCCACUAGCAUUCUGGAAAAAUGAAAGAGUUGAAUAUUCGGAUGACGAGGCCGACGACAAUUGGAGUAAAAGUAAAUUCCUCUUACCUAGGAUUAAAGAGGUCGUUCGUGCAGAAGAAGCGCAACAACCAGCGACCAAAAGACCGAAAUCAAAGGGGAAGAAGCCUCGUGUGGAUGUCGAAGAGGAGGAGGAUGAGCCUGCUGAGCCUUGGGAAGCCGAACCUGGUCGGGUGUUUGGAGAUAUCAGGGUGUGGAACCCGGAAGACCCAGUGGGCUCCCAGGCAGAUGAGGCAGAAGAAGAAAUUGCAUUAUCCUCCGCAGCAAUAAUCACACGCGACGUCAAAAAUGGAUCUUUCAAAUUUGCAAAGACGUUAACGUUACCAUUCUUUGGAUCUGGGAUGGUUGAUCUCCCACCAGGGGCGUCCAAGAAGCCUAAGAAUUCGAGGAAGAUGCAGAUGGUGUUCUUUGUCUACUAUGGAAGAGUGCAAGUUACUGUGAAUGGUAAUGUCUUUAGGAUUGGGAAGGGAGGCAUGUGGCAAAUUCCUAGGGGGAAUUUCUAUAGUAUUGAGAACGAUUAUGAUGCGCCCGCUAGGUUAUUCUUUGCGCAGGGCUGCGAAGUUAUAGAGCAAGACCCUGAUAUAUCUCAGCAAUAA